AUAUUAUCUAACUCGUUUAAACGUUUGCCAAAAAGCGGAAGACAUCUUAUGCAAGAAAGAUAUUUUUUGACAACGAAAACAUAAAUUGAACCUGAAGAACGAUUGAAAAAUAAAACUAUAGAAUGGAAAGUUGAAAGUGAUGUAAAAUGGAACAGUAUGAUAAAGGAGAAGUGAGGAUGGUGGAAGCACCUCCUAUCUUUAUUCUUAAUGAAACUGGUAUUGAAAUGAAAGUCAAUGCAGGAAGCAAAAUACGUAAUCUAAUGGGAUUUGCUAUGAAAAAAAUGAAGGAACCAACAAUAAAACAGAUGACUUGGAAUGGAUCUGGGAAUGCUAUGAAUAAAGCUAUAUCUUGUGCGGAAAUUAUGAAAAGAAAAAUAAAGGGGCUUCAUCAGAUUUCAAAGGUCUACUACAGAAGAAUUGAAGAAUACUGGGAACCCAAAAUAGAAGGACUUGAAAGAUUAAAAGUGAAUAGAGAUAUACCAGCCAUUAGCAUACUGUUAUCUAAAGAAGCAUUGGAUUCCACAGACCUUGGGUAUCAAGCACCUGGUUCCUACAAUGCAUUUUGGAAAUCUGAAGAACAGAAUAUUGACAAGCCUGCAAAGAAAUAUUCAUAUGGAAGAAGUGGUACAGGGGGAGACAACUUCAAGAAAAGAGAAAAGAAAAGGAAAAAUGACUUUCAGAAAUCUCAGGGAGAAAAACAAGACAAUCCAAAGAUGAAAAAAGACAGUCAAAAUUUAAAAGUAAACCAGCUGUCAAGUUGAUAAUAAACACAAUUUAGGUUUACGGAUUUGUCCAGAAGAUAUCUAUUUAUAAGCUUUAAUUUUUCAUUUGGAACUUACUAAUUCAAAGUCAGAGACACCUCACUAGCAUAGAAAUACACCAGUGAUGUUUGAGGAUUUAACAACAAUGAAUAAUACUUCUUAAAUUUCCAGUGAAUGUACAGCAUAUCAGAAUUGUUAUAUUUAAUUCAAAUCAAUACCAUAGAAUGGUGUUUCUUUAGGUGCUUUAUUUAGUUAUUAAUUUUUAUAAGGCUACAGCAAUCAUUUUAAGACAUAAAAAUGUUACUUGUUAUGAAUAUGAAUAUGAAUAUGAAUAUGAACUAGCAUUGAAUUGAGAAGUUUGUUAUUGACUUGAUAAAUAAAAUAUGAUCAGAUAA